AUGGGCAAAGCACUAAGCCAAGCAGCAGAAAUGGAAAAACAGACAAAGAUAGACAUCGAUCUCAUUGAACCAGAGUUUACCUACAGACUGGGAGAAACUCAAAUGACUCAAUUAAAACCUCUAUAUUGGAGUCGACUAGGCAACUCAAAAUCGAGGACAAAUGAGCAACAAGAACUCUGCCAGGAAACCAUUAACCAACUCAUGGGAGACUGCACACAAGAACAAGCAAUAUCGUUUACAGAUGGAUCAUGCUUAGGUAACCCAGGACCCUGUGGAGCAGGUGCAAUUAUCUAUGCUGAACACAUUAAGCCUGCUGCCAGAUUACAUAGACCUGUGGCACAAAGAGGAUCCAUCCUUCUGGCGGAACUCAUAGCAAUUCUCAUGUCAAAGCGCCGUGGGAUUAAAUUACUUACACUGAACUGGGACCCAAACAGCUACAUCUCCGCAAUAAGAGAAAUAAAAGAAAAUAUUGAACAUCUUAGGCAAAAAGGACUCAAUCUAAUUGUAUCAUGGACACCAGGACAUGUCAACAUAGCUGGUAAUGAUGAGGCCGACAUCCUUGCAAAAACAGCGGCAUGGGAAGCAAAAGAAUUACCACCAGAAAAUAACGCCAUAACACUACAGGACGUCAAACAAGCAGCGUACAAAAGUACAGGAAAUAAAUGGCAUAGAAGAUGGGAAAUAUCUGAGAGAGGCAGGGACCUUUAUGAAAAAAUACCAACUACAAAACACUCAAUUAUGUUUGAUUUCCCAACUAAAAGACACUUCAGUAUAUUCGCCCAACUAAGAACUGGCUACACAGAACUCAACUACUACAAGAACCGAGUAGGCCAAACCAACGCCAUAGAGUCAUGCAACUGUGGAGCACCUGAAACGCCUCAACAUUUCCUUCUGGAGUGUUCCUGCUAUGAAAACGAACGAGAAGAUAUGCUACACCAAAUAUCUAAAGAGGUCGGGGUCAGAAACUUGAAUUUAGCUACUAUGCUAACGAGACUGGACGGCGAGAACACAGAAGAAACAAAAGUUAAAUUACAAACAGUGGCGCAUUACAUUGACAGAACGGGCAGAUUUAAUACUGCUGUUCCUCAAUCCCAAUCUUAA